AUGCGCGACCAGGGGCCGCGGCGGUCGUACUCGACGCGUCCCGGCGUGGCGAGCGGGUCCGCGGUGGGGAAUGUGGCGCCUUCCGAGGCCGCGGUGGACGGCAAGGUGGGCGUGCUGCUGCUCAACUUGGGUGGGCCAGACACCCUGGACGAUGUCCAGCCGUUUCUGUACAACCUCUUCAAGGACCCCGAAAUCAUCCGGCUCCCCCAGGAGCUGCAGUUCCUCCAGGAGCCGCUCGCGGGGUUCAUUUCGCGGAGCCGGGCCCCGAAAAGCCGCGAGGGCUACGAGGCGAUCGGCGGCGGGUCCCCCCUGCGCCAAAUCACCGAGGACCAGGCCCGGGCGCUCGAGACGGCCCUGAGGGACCGCGGCUUCGACGCCAACUGCUAUGUUGCCAUGAGAUACUGGAACCCCUAUACCGAGGAGGCUAUCGAGGCGAUCAAGAAGGACGGCGUGCAGCGGCUGGUCGUGCUGCCGCUCUACCCUCAGUUCUCGAUCAGCACGUCGGGCUCCUCGCUGCGUCUGCUCGAGAAGCUCUUCGCGGAGGACGUCCUGCUCCGGAAUCUCAAGCACACCGUCAUCCCAUCGUGGUACCAGCGCCCAGGCUACCUCCGGGCCAUGGCCGACCUCAUCGAGGCCGAGCUGGCCAAGUUCAGCGACCCCGCGAGCGCUGAGAUCUUCUUCUCCGCCCACGGCGUCCCCAAGAGCUACGUCGAGGAGGGAGACCCCUACAAAGAGGAGAUGGAAGAGUGCGUGGCCCUCAUCAUCCAGGAACUCCGGCGGCGCGGCGUCUCGAACAGCUUCACGCUCGCGUACCAGUCCCGCGUCGGCCCCGUCGAGUGGCUCACGCCCUACACGGACGACGCGAUCAACCGUCUGGGCGAAGAGGGCUGCAAGGCUAUGUGCGCGGUGCCGAUCAGCUUCGUUUCGGAGCACAUCGAGACGCUCGAGGAAAUCGACAUGGAGUACCGCGAGGUCGCCGAGGAGGCCGGGAUCAAGGAGUGGCAGCGCGUCCCGGCCCUGAACGUCAACGACACGUGGAUCCAGGACCUGGCCGAGGCCGUCGUCGAGGCGCUGCCAUACACGGGGUCCGUCGCGGCCAAGUCGCGCGGUCUCGUGCCGAUCGCGGGGAUCGACACGCUGAUGGAGGUGUAUGACCGGGAAGGUCUGCCGCUGCCCGUGCCGGACCGGCUGUUCGAGCCCGGGUGGAACAAGAACGCCGAGGUGUGGAACGGGCGCAUCGCGAUGAUGGCGUGGGUGGUCGUGAUUCUGUUCAGCGGGAUCCAGAUGGUGACGGGCUCGCAGUGA